AUGGAUCUCGGUUGGUUUGUCCUUUCGGUGUUUCUCUUUAUAGAGAUUCUUUUGGUGACACUGGUGUGCAUGCCGAUGCCAAGCAACGAAGUUCGCGGAGCCGUGAAUGGUUGGGUGGCGUCGUUGUGGUUGUACCAACCCGUCCAAUACGCCGCCAUUGGCAUGUUGGCCGUCGACGUGUUUUACUUGUGCUUUGUGUGGCAAGCCCUGAGCAAUCCGUUGUACGACAUGGGAUUUUUCUCGCACGAAAUGGGUGUCUCGUGCGAGUACAAGCAAGAUUUGUACUUGGCCGAACGGAAUGCCUACAUUUCCGCAUCCAUUUUGUUUCUCUUUUUUGUCCUUCGACGAUUGGUCGAUAUUCAAGACAAACUUCACAUGGCCCGCAGUCAAGUCAAGGCAAUACAAGGAGGAGGUGGUGCUGGUGGGGAUGCCUUGUUGAUGGAUGGGAGUCACAAAAAGCCAUUGGCCGUUGAAGCAGACGACAAAAAGGCAAAGUAG